CCCCAAUCACCUGUGCCCGAUCAUGCGCUGGGCAUGUGCCACCAGUGUGCCUGCACUGAACAGGCUCCCCAAUACAGCACUGAGAGUGAAACACAGUUAAGGAGAGGAUAGCUGGACUUUGGACGUUCCUUUUCGUGUGCGUCCAUGCAAAAUAGACUCUCUGGAGGUUGAAAUGGCGAGAAACGAGGAGAAACAACAAGGCAAACUGAACAGACUAUGGCUUCAGAAAGAGAGAGAGGAGGGACGCCUCAAAGAUGUACAUGAGCGGAGACCCAAGCUGUCUACUCUUAAUUCAGCUUCCUCUGUGAAAAAGUGGAUCCCCAGCAUCAAGAAUGAAAUAGAGUAUUAUUUGCAGCAGUCGCAGCUGUUUCAUUACCCAGAGAGGAAGAUAGCCGAGUUCCAGCUGCACAUGGAGGCUUUAGAAAGAGAGUACAAACGCUUCAUUACCAAGCUACGUGUUCUUGACCCCGCCUGCAAACAUAAGCCAUGGACUCCUCGAGCAUACUGCAAAAGGAGAGCAGACACACAGGACUCUCCCAGUAUAGUUAAACACCCUCGGCCCUAUGAGUCACAUGGUGGUAGCAGUCAGUUGAGUGGAGGUGAGAAUGACUUGACCAGCAAUUGUCACAAAACCUCAGCACCUGCGAGGCAGGGACCUUUCAGCCGGUUUCAAACCCCUGUCCCCACCAACCCAAACUCAGAAACCUCAGAGGCAGUCUGUGCAGACCAGGACCAGGACCAGCCCCUCUCCUUUGACCACAUGAGGCUGGCGGUGGCCGCUGCUGCAUUCAGAGGUCCGCCAGUUCAGCAAGGCUCCUCUCAAACACAGAGCCUAGCCCGGGUGCUGCAGUCCGGCCUGCCAAACCUUGUUAACGCCUCAUUAAGGCAAACACUUUCAACCCAGAGCAGAGAUGACGACGGUGCGACAGUGGGAACUGUUGUCGUCCAACGCCGCAAGUUAGACUGUGAGGUAGCAGAAAGGAUACCUGGGAAAUCAUCCAACGCUGGGACAAUAGAGGAGAGGACGGGUCAUGUCCUGGGACUAGACUGUUACUCUUCUUCUGAUGAGGAGUGUGACACGUGAUCAUGACAUUUAAUGGUCAGUUUCUACAUUUUGAAUUACAAUGAAGUGUUUUGUGGAACCUCCUUUUACGGCUUCCUAAGUGGUGUCAUAUGCAGUAGAUAUCAGAAUUUUAGUGCAACCCAAUCCUGUAAUUUUUGAUAGGCCCACAUUGUCUCAAAUAUCUAAAAUGUUAUGACAGACAUUAGCUAAAUUUAACUUAUUCUGUUAGACAUACGGAGGACUGUGAAUCACAAUAUCUCGAUAUGAAAAUGGAAUACAGACGAGCUGAAUAUUAAAGCCCCGCUCACAAGACUUGCGUAAGGGAAAAAGUGUUUGCACGAA